UCGCACCGAAUACAUUCAUCCGCGUCGAAUGUUAUUAACAUUUUUUUAUAUUAUUCCAAUUCCAAAAUAGAGUAUAAAACAACGCGCUGCAAAACAAUUGGUAUUAAAAUAGUGUAACUACAAAAGUAUUCAAUAUAAAUAGAUUUAUAAAAUAAAAUUCUUGAGCUAUUUACAAGCUCUAUCAAUAAAAAAGAAAAAAGUUCACAGCCCUUGUUAUUUUUUCUUUUUGUUAUUUCAACGUACACACAUACAUACAAACAUCGUUAUAAAUACAGCGCUGCGCCAACAACGUUUUCGUUCUGCUUAUAAAGUUUUCUUUCGUAUUUAUUCAGUGUUUGACGACGGUGUGAAGAAGAAGUGUGUGUAGUAGAGUUUAACAAAAAUGGCAGACAUUGUGGAAAAGGAGGAGAAAACAAUUGCCGAAGAUUUGGUUGUAACCAAAUAUAAAUUGGCGGGCGAAAUCGUCAACAGAACUUUGAAGGCUGUUAUUGAUCUCUGUGUUGUCGGUGGCUCUGUCAGAGAUAUCUGCACAAAGUCUGAUGCUCUUAUCACCGAAGAAACAAGCAAAGUUUACAAAAAAGAAAAGGAAUUAAAGAAGGGUAUUGCUUUUCCCACCUGCCUGUCAGUCAACAACUGUGUUUGCCACUUUUCACCGUCCAAAAAUGAUCCCGAUCAUGUGUUAAAGGAUGGCGAUGUUGUUAAAAUUGACAUGGGUGCUCAUAUUGAUGGCUUCAUUGCCGUAGCUGCCCAUACUGUGGUAGUAGGAGCUACUGCCGAUAAAAAAGUAUCUGGUCGUCAAGCUGAUGUAAUUCUUGCUGCUUACUGGGCUGUACAAGCUGCUCUAAGAUUACUUAAAGCCGGAAACAAUAACUAUGCCAUUACCGAUGCUGUUCAACAAAUCAGUGAAUCCUACAAGUGCAAACCCAUCGAGGGUAUGCUCAGUCAUGAAUUGAAACAAUUCAAAAUCGAUGGCGAAAAAACAAUCAUUCAAAAUCCUAGCGAAGCUCAACGUAAAGAACACGAAAAGUGUAACUUUGAAACACAUGAAGUCUAUGCCAUCGAUGUUAUUGUGAGCACUGGUGAAGGUAUUGGUCGUGAGAAGGAUACUAAAGUGUCAAUUUACAAAAAGACCGACGAAAACUAUAUGCUUAAGUUGAAAACAUCUCGUGCUCUUUUGGCUGAGGUUAAAACAAAGUACGGUAAUAUGCCUUUCAAUAUUCGCGGUUUUGAUGAAGAGACUAAAGCCCGUAUGGGUGUUGUUGAAUGUGUGUCCCAUAAAAUGAUUGAACCCUUCCAAGUGCUGUACGAGAAGCCAAGUGAAUAUGUGGCUCAAUUCAAACACACUGUCUUAUUGAUGCCCAAUGGAGUCAAUUUAGUAACUGGCAUUCCCUUCAAUGUUGAAAACUUUGUUAGUGAACACAGCAUAGCUCAACCUGAAUUAAAGGAACUUGUUAACACUCCCCUGCAGCCACCCAAGAAGGGUAAAGGACACGCUAAGAAGAAGGCCGCUGCUGGUACAGACACUGCCACUUCAACACCGGCUCCUGUGGAGACCAAGGCUUGAAAGCAGCAAAUCAACAACAAUUGCUACGCCUUUUGCUAUAUACUAAAAUAUUAGAGCAACUAAAGCAAUAAAUUUUAAGUAUGGAUGAGAAUGAAGAGGAAACUCUGCAACAGAAUGUAAACACCCUAAUAACAAAACAGUAAACAACAUACUACAAUUUACUCAUUUACCAUAAUACAACCACAUCCCCGUUCUAUAAAAACUAUAUACCAGCUGUUAAUUAAGUGGGAGCUGGUUCAACUAUCUUCUGCAUAU